AUGUCAAGAUCAAAAGGUCGCAACCGCCAUGCAAAGCCGGUCAAGCAAACCCAGUCACCACCGGCCUCUUCGUCGCCAUCUCUAGUUGCGAAGUCAGGCGGGCGCCAUUAUGACAAGCAAAAGACCAAAUCACCACAGGUGGGAUCAUCUGAUCAUCCGACCACAGUUUAUGAGCGAGUCAAACCACGCCCCUUUGAUAGCUCCCGAGUCAAGGCUCAGGGGCUAGGAUCAUCACACGAACAUUCACUAACGCCUCCUGGAAGAUGGAAAAUGGUGUAUGAGUCUGAUUUUGAGUUCAAAUAUAAAGAUGGGGCUCAGGCACAGACACAAUUGCAGUCACAAUUGACUUUGGAAUCGCCUCCAUCAUCAGCGCAAAAGGUGCCGAGGCCCCCAAAGUCCAUAUCAGUCUCUGACCAUGAAUACGGCCACGCGAGCUAUGAGGCAUCAUCGUGGGACACAGAUGUAGAAUCUGAAAGAGGACGCAAACCAGUUUCACCACCGCAAAGGGUUGUGGAUCUCGAAAGCGUCACCCCAAUGUCUUACCGUGCACAACAGCAUAAGACCCGUGAGAUAUCAGUAUUUUCGUCAAUACCAGAGUCAGAAUCAGGACAAGGAUCGGUAUUGCCAUCCCCAGCAUUGUCGGAAAGAGUUGUGGACGACGAAAUCAUCACACCAAGUUUCCACCCUUGCUAUGGGCAGCAAGCCCGUGAAUCAUCGACAUCAGACACCGAUAAUGAGUCUGAAGCUUCAUCAGAACCAUUCCCGUCAUCGCCCUCGCGACACACGACGACUGUCCUGAAACGAAAAAGAUCAAACACCGAUGUAGACUCCCGGCGUCAGGCAGUACCACUUCCCGCCCUCGCAUCAUCGGAGCAUCAGAGCAGAUUUGAAUCCGCUCCUAUAUUAUCGGAACUUCUGCGGUCUCUCUUGUCAGCAUUAGAUAGACACAUGGACUCAGGACCACCGGCACGAGACAUCCGAAGUCAGCCUUGGCGCAAAGCCCGUGAUGCAAAACCAUUGGCAUGGCCGCCGCAGUUGUAUUCAGUGAUAGGAUCCGAGUCUCCGUCAAAGGCCGGGUCCGAACCUGAAUACAAACAAUCGGCAUCUGAAUGUGAAUCUGACUCCCAGUCUCUAUGUUCAUCUACAAUGACCACACCACUGUCAUCUCCAAAUCUACCUCUAGUUGCAUCACGAGCUUUGUCUCAAGUUCUUCCCCCGCUUGCUUUACCUCAACGCUGGUUACCAAGACUCAAAACACCAGGCCAAAAAUCUUCAUUGAGCCCAACGGUCUGGACCUUGCGUCUUCGGCCUAAAUGCGACAUCAGACCCGCUGAAAUCUCUCUCAUGAUAGAUGGCAACAAGUUCCGAAGGCUUUUUGAGGAAUUUCCACCUGCUGCUCACGAGAAUACCGAGUUCAUGUUCUCGGAUGAUUCUGAUGAUUCCGAUUUUGAGCUCCCAGAAGCUAAACUAUGUAGAUUAUCGUUGUCCAGGAAAUUUUCAGGUCAAGAGCAAUUGACGGAGCGAGAGGAGUCACUAGAGAGAGGGGAGCCACCAGAGCUGGAAGAGUCAUCUUCGGAACAGGAGGAAUCAUCAGUUCCCGAGCAAUGGACAGAAUCCAAGGUUUUGCCAGAUCCUGACCAGUCGUCAGAGGCUGAGCAGUCGUCAGAUCCGAGGCAGCUGCCAGAUCCAGAGCCAGUUCUAGACCUUGCGCCAUUGCUAGACCUUGUCAAAUUGGCAGAACGAGAGCCAUUACCCGCACUUGACAGAUCAUCAGACCCAGAGAGAUCGUCGGGUCCCGAAAGCGAACAUCCACGCACGCCUAUAUCCAUCCGGGAUCAGUUGCCGUUGCGGGGCUCCAGGCAGCUUGAUAAGCGGAUCGAAAUGGAGAUUGCGAUAGACAAGGAAGAGAAUCCUAAGGUUGAGGACCACUACGAGCGAGAGAUGGCGCAGAAGAAAGCAGAGACGGAAAGAAAGAAAGCAGAGGCAGAAAGAAAGAAAGCAGAGGCAGAAAGAAAGAAAAAGGACAGGCAGGAAAGGGAAAGAAUCCAGAAGGAGAAAAAGGAGAGAGGAAGAAAACAAAUGGAAGAACAAAGGCUUCAGAAGGAGGAGGCACAGAAGAAAAAGGAAGAGGAGCAGAAAAGCCAGGAGAGGGAUGAAAGCGAGCAGGAGAGACAGAAGCAAAAGCUCAACCAAAGGAGGGAAGAAUUGGAACGCCGGCGGGAGAGACACAAGCCGGAAAACUUGUUGUUAACGUUGCAGAAGGCCUUAGCCGAGGAAAAGAGCAGGACUACUGGCAGUCGGAUACGAUCUGAUACUAGAGGAAAUCAGAGUAAUGCGCAACUUCAGAGGUUACAGACGGCCAUAAAUGAUGUGAAGUUGUGGGAGCGAGAUAUGGAAAGGGAAAGGGAGAGCAAGGAAGUAUGA